UUGCGCAACAGCAGCAUUCCCAUAAUUCCAUCCCAUUGCCGUGCUAGCUUGUAUCGCGGACGCUUCACGUUGUCGAACUCCGAUCCAACCAUCAAUCGAUUUUCGUUCUCUUUCCGAAUGGCGGCUUCCGCUCCUCCCGCGUGCGCGUCUGUUUACUCCGCAAUCGGCCGCUCCCGUCCUUCUGGCUCGUCGCGUCCUGCAUUCGCGACAGCGCAAAUUCCGUUACCGCGUCGCAGCAGUGAUAGAAAUAACAGAGCAGCUUUUGAGGCGCCUCAAAAGUCACGCAGCAGUACGAAUCGCAGAGCGCGAAACGGAAAGAUCCGAGCGGUGCGCAACGAGAACGGCGGAGAAAGCAGACGAGCGCAUGGGGGGGAAGGCGGAGGGGGGACCAGCAGAGGCGGAGCAAGCGGAGCAGGGAGUGGGGGAGGGCCAAGCGGGCGGAAUGGGGAUUCUGGAAAGGGUGGGGGAAAGGGAGGCGACGGUGACGGGAGGGGAAGCGGAUCCGGGGGAUCAGGCGGAGGAGGAGGUCCAGGGGGGCGUGGUUCAAGCGGAGAAGGGGAAGGGGGCGGAGGAGAGGGCGGAGGGGACGCUAACAGGGUUUCCACCGGCGUGCUUCUCCCCCUCGUCGACCAGAUCCCCACGCACGUCAACCGCGCGCGUCAGCUCCGAGCGCCCCCCCUUGUCUCCGUGCUCCUCCAGUCCGCCCAGCGUCUUCCGCCAAUGCUCCGCACGUCCGCGACGUCAGGCGCGCUGCUGGCGGGCGGGGACGUGUGCGCGCAGUGCAUCGAGCUCUCGUCCGCUGGAAAACCGGCGCAGAUCCACAGCGCGCGAGGCGAUGAUGCGGAGACUCUCAGCAGCAGCAGCAGCAGCAGCAGCAGCAGCAGCAGCAGCAGCGCCUUAUCUAGAGACUCCGCUGGCAACGCGGCAGCAGGAGUGGUAUCAGCGUUCAAUGCGGCGAGAUCCGCGCGCAUGAUGGCGUACGGUGCGUGCAUCUACGGGCCCGCGCUGCACGUGUGGUACCCACUGGUGGAGAGGGCAGCGCCCGGGCGGGGCAUGGGCGCGACGGUGGUGAAGGUGUUGGCCUCACAGGCACUGCUCAACCCGUGCCUCAUUGCUGCUGUGUUCGCGUUUAAUUACGCGUGCACUGGCCAGUUGCACGCACUCAAAGACAAGUACCGGCAAGAUUUCGUGCGCACGUGGAGGCGCGGGUGGCGUUUCUGGGUGCCGGCCAGCUUCGCCUCGUUCCACAUGGUGCCGCUGCGCCUGCGCCCUGCCUUCUCCUCUGCCUGCUCGCUUGUAUGGAACUGCCACCUCUCCAUGGUCACCAUGCAGAAGAUGGGUGCAGGGCGGAGGCAAGUGAGAGAGGGGGGGGCAUAGCAUCAAAGAGCCUCUCCAUGGUCAACCUGCAUCAGAUGAGUGCCGGGCGAAGGCAAGCGAGUGAGGGAGACGGUACGCUAAGCCUCUCUACGGUCAGCAUUUGCGCUGGGACUGGAAAGCCAGGGAAAUGAGGGGGGUUGAGGGGGAGGGUGUCAGGAAGAAAAAUGGAGGUGAGAGGAAGCAGAGAGAAUGGUGAAAGCUGACUGCAAUGGGUGGGUGAUGGUGUUUCCCAGAUGGCAAUAUUGAGCUGCUUGAAAUAAGUUCGUUAUCAUGUUUCUUCUGUUGUCAAAUUUCGAUCGCAAUCAAAGGGUUCUGCGUGUCAACUUAUACA